GCUUUAAUUGUCCUCAUUACACACCCAAUUUUUAUUUUUGACUUUUAAUUGGGCUAUUGUUAAUAAAAUGUUUAGAAAUUCGCUCCAUAACAUAGAAGACAUUGACUUACUUAGUUAGGGAUUUUAGCUAAUUCCAGGAAUUAGCCAGAGCCUUUCAACGUUUUUUGGACAGUUUAAUCCAACCUCUUCUGACCUCUUCAGAUGGAUUCAGACCCUGAACAGAAUCCCAAAAUGUCUAAGAAUGAAUCCCAGAGAGGUUCAGGUGACUUCAAUUCCAGAGGACGAGGAUCCAAAGGCCGUGGUCGUGGGGGGCGUAUGGGCCGAGGCGGUAUGCGAGGGGGCCGAGGCGUAAUUAAAGCUUUUGGUCCACCAGGACGUGGGAGAGGCCGAGGGGAAGAUGGAGCCAUGAAUGGAUUUGGACCCAUCAGAGGAAUGGGGAGGAUGCGACCUUAUCCAGACCUCAGAGGUCAUCGUGGGAGGGGUGGACCAAUGGGGAUGGGUCUUCCACCUCCCCUCCCUCCCCCUCCUCCUCCACUUCCGCCCCCUAUGCACUUUCGAGCCCCCUUUCCACCCAUGCCAAGGCAUGGACCGCCUCCACUCUCACCUCCAUGUCACCCUGGUUUCAGAGGGCGCCCACCACACCCACGAGGCAGAGGCAUGCCACCACCUGGCCCUCCACGCCAUUUCCUCCCUCGCGGACCAAGAGGCUACCACAAUGGACCGGUCUCUCCUCCGCCUCACCCCCCACCUGGCAGAGGCCAGAGGUGGCCAGGCCCCCCUGGUGGCCGCCGAUUUUAACACAGUCUAAAAUCUAUAGAAUGACUACCUGUUAUUGCAGGACUGGCCUAACAUGGAGAAGGGAAUGAAUCGUCCCUGAACUAUGUAUCAUACAGCAUUGAAUAUCUAUAAAACAGUCUGUGGCCAAGUAUUAUUGGUAUUGUUUUCUGGCGAAGAAAGGAAACUUACUUGUUCCACAUACGAUGAUGCAUAACUUGGCAAUGUGAAAGCAUUAACACAUUGUGUUGCUCAUAAAUAAUGUUGGCACUGCAGAGACUUUGAUAUUGUUAAAAGCUGUUCGUAGUUGAACUCGUUGUUCUCAAAGAGGAAAAAAAAAUGUUUCGUACAUGUUCUGUUAUUCUUGUCACCUGUUAGCCUUAACAUUUUUCCUGAUUUCUAAAUAAAGACAAAAAAAAUGGUGACACUGUAUAUUUAAAGGUGGGAGAAGAGGGAGAAAAAAGUACUGUACCCUCAAGGAUUAAUGUUACGCCCUGGACCUCCCUUGUAUUUCCUUUUGUUACAUCAAGAUAGUUAUGUAUUAUGUCUCAAAAUAGUGCAACAGAUAUUGUUAAACACUUGCUCAUUUUGUCAAGUGAUAAGACGACAUUGAAUUUGUCAAGUAUUCGUGAAUAUUUACUUUAAUAAUAUCUUAAAUGUGCAGCUAUUUUAAGUUAUGAGGACUGCUAUUUGAAAGAUUCAUGUUGUUUCCAGCAAUCUAUUGUGAAAUGACACUAAAGCAUUAUACAUAAAUAGUAUACCGAAGAAAUUUAUACAGUAAUUCAAUUUUAUUUAUAUUCACUUUAGUUAAGUAGAAGUUACUCUUUACUCUGUUUUAGAUUUUUGAGGUGUUACUUCAUUAUUCACUGUAAUUAACAUCACUUUUGUGAACCUGUGAAUGUGUUUUAUGAAAACGUUUCAGAUAUGAGACAGUCGUGAAAGAAAACAAAAAUAAAACAAAAAAUUAAUAAACUCUACUUCUCCUUAUUUGUUAUUCACAAACAAGUUUGAGAGUUUGAGGCGAUUUUCAUGUCAGUGCCUUGCAAAAGUCUUCAUGCUUACUGAACGGUUCCCCGUUUUGUCACGUUGCAACCACAUACUCCAAUGAACAUGAUUGGGAUUUUGUGUGGUAGACAAACACAACGUAGCAUACAAUUGUGAACUGGGAAAUAAUGCUUAAUUUUCAAACUUUUUAACAAAUAAAAAUGUGGAUGUCCAUUAGUUUUCACCCCCAUUUGAAUAAACCAAUUUUCACUGCAAUUGCAGUCUUUUAAAGUACGCUCCCACCGUUUUAUUUUUUUCCUACUUUCUACUUCACAAUUAUGCACUACUUUUUGUUGGUGUGGCAUAAAAUACUACAUAUACUUCAGAAUUUAUUACAAAUAUGAAAAUAUGCAGGAAAUAUGGAUAUGUUUGCAAGAAACAAUGAACAAUAUGAGUCAUAUUUUCAGUGUGAGCCUAUAUUUUAUAUUUACAUGAAUAUAUUUCAUCCAUGUAACUUCAGAUAUUAACUUUAUGAAUGCUUAUAUGGAAAUAUUUUAUACACUUUUCCGUUUUGGAAAAAGAUUGUAUGUAAUGUAGCACAUACAGUACAUGUAUUAUAUUGUCACAUCUGUUUACAUAGUUUAGCUUAAGUUACAGUUACGGGCAAAAUAGAAAAAAGAAUCAAAUAUGUCUAUAUAGGCUAACUGGAGAGUAUAAAACGAGUUUUAUAAGAAGUGUUUUUGAAUAGUAAUGUUACUGGAGGACGUAGGACCGCUCCAAUAUCAAGGCUUUGAAAUGCUCAUGUCAUGAUACAAGAAUCAGUGGUAGCAUGUCUAAAAGGAGGACAUCAUCCUGAAAGGAUAAACUCACUGAGAUGAGUUAGCACUAUACAUUUUCUGGCUGUUUUAAUAAAAAAAAAAAAGAUAUGCUGUUACAUUGAUGUAUGCUGUAAAUGUGAUCAGGGUUCUUAGACAAUAUCAGCACUGUAAUAGCUCUGGUCUUAUUUCUCACUCAGUAGCUUUUAAAGUUAUGGCAUCUAGUUAUAUCAAUAGAUUCCUAAAAUAAGUAAAAAUAUAUUUGGUUAUUGGAAUGUCAAGUAUACAAGAUAAGCUCUUUAUUUCUGUUCAUCUUUGAGCCCUAUUUAGGAUGGCUAAUUUCUUCAAAUAAAACAAGCAUUGCUCAAUUGAAAUCAUAUGAUUUAUUUUAUCCAAACAAGGACUUUUAAUCCUCUUCUAGAUGAGAGCGUUUUUAUACUUCCAACCAUAGAGAUGCUGCAGAAUGAUUAACUCCUUCUGCAGACCCAAGGGGGUUUCUAUUCCAGGUGCAGCCCCCUCCCAUCAUCUGUUUAUCUCCAUCUCUUCAGCAUUUUUUUUUAUUUUGCUCCUUCUUCCACCUCUGCAGUCCCCCCUCAUGUCUCUAACUGUGGUUGAUUAUAACAGACUGACUGUUGUUGUCUCCUGAAGGGGGGCACACAGUACAGUUAACCUCCCUGGCCCCAGGAGCCCAGACCCUCCCUUACAUCCCUCCUCUCCUUCACCAGCAGCGUGACACCUGAGAAAACGCAACGCCUCAAUUGACAAGGUGAGCCUCGUCUUGUGUCUUUAAUGCCUUUUUGACAGAGAUUUUUUCUUUCAGGACAGAAGGCGCAACUAUAUUUGAGUUUCAUCACAUAUGGAAAGAUGCUGAAUAUUUAUGGGUUAAACUCUUCAGUGCCUUUUUUAAUGAAAUAAAAGAGCCAUCCCAGUAAAGAAAACUGACGGCUUUAAACUUUAUGGAGCUGCACAAGAUAUCAAAUUCUGUUUGUCAUCUCAAUUAAAAUACAUAUCAGCGUGUGCAGUAUUGUAAUUACAAAAGGCUGUUUAGAUGUGAUAUUUGGAAUGGGUGCAUUUUAAGUGCCAUGCAUGCAAAUUCUGCAUUUCAGGAAAAUGUGGGUUGAUCGUGUGAAAAAAUACUGGCAAUUAUAUGCUUUUCUGAUAUAUAUAAAGUUAACAUAAUCUACAAAGGUGACCCAUUCAAGAAAGAGCACCACUGCUAACUUGAUAAUUGAAACAGUCUGUUCAGAUGACCAUGUUGCACUUAUGUGCCACUGAAAAUACGCAUUAAAAUUUGGGAACGGUUUAUAUACACAGGUGUUCAUAAAUUCAGUAUUUAUCAUUUUUAUUAACUAGUUUUCAAAUUUAUCACAGCAAUAAUUCUGUAAAUUGCUGUAAUAAUGACUAACUGAGGAGAAGCUCUUUAACAAUUAAGAAUAAGAUUUUUUUGCAUGUUUUUGCAAAUUUUUUUGAAUUUGAUUUAUGAUGUGUGAUUAUGAAAGGCUAUUGCUUCUCAGAAGAAAAUAAGUCUCUGGAGAUCAGACAUUGGUAUGUAAAAAUGCAUCACAAGUUGCCCAUUUCUGUCUGAUUACCGAGCAUCCUACAAACAGAAGACAAUUUAUUAUGCCUAAUCAAUUUUAGUUCAUUUUGACUGUAUAUGGGCCUAAAAAUCUUUUGAUACCUUAAAUGAUCUAACCUGUUGUCCAAACUAAAAAUGUUGACACUUUGCAUGUUUAACAUAGCUAAUAAGCAAGCUAUGUUUUAAUUAACUUAUGUAAUUUAUUUAAAGUGUGCAUGUUCUUUUUCAUUACUGCUAAAAGCUGCAUAUGUAGAACGUUGUACUGUGAUGUCGGUGUGCCAAGAAUUUAAUAAAUACACACAAAAAA